GGCAGGAGAGGCGCGGGGGGGAAAGUUUGGGACUCGUCGGAUCUGGAGCUCAUAACAAGAGGAGGUCCACCACCAACCUCUUCCCCAAGCCUGCUUGCCUCCUCCGGCUUUCUCCAGAGCCAUGGUAUGGGGUAGUUGUGGCCCCGGCUGUCGCCCAUCUUGGCCUCCUCCGUACCGGUACCUGGACCUAGCCUUCGCCUUGAUGGGCACCGUGGCCUUCCUAGUCGACCUGGGCGCCGACCUGUGGGUGGCUGCCAGCUACCUGAAGGCUGGGCACUACCACUGGGGCGGACUGGUGCUGGGUCUCUUGAUCCUGUCAUCGCUAAUCACCCAGGUCUUCAGCUUGGCCUGGUACCACAGCGACCCCAAAGACCUCCAGAAAAAACGGCUCACGGGCCAGACGCUGCUGAUCUUACACGUCUUACAGCUCGGCUACCUGUACAGAUGCCUCCACGUUCUGAAGGUGGGCUUCCACGUGUGCCGGAUGGGAGCUGCAGAAGAAGCCCAGCGGGGCUAUGCCAUUUUCCUGUCACAUGACAUCAGCAUGUUACGCCUCUUCGAGACUUUCCUGGAAAGCGCCCCUCAGCUCACGUUGGCGCUGUACAUUAUCCUACACACGAGUAAAGCAGAGAUAUUUCAGGUGCUUGGCAUUUGCACCUCUUUCCUCUGUAUCGCCUGGGCCCUCUUGGAUUAUCACCAGUCUCUGCGCAGCUUCCUGCAGGACAAGCACAAGCUGGGCUUCCUGUCCUCCGUCCUCUAUUUCCUGUGGAACUUCCUGUUGGUGUACCCCCGUGUCCUGUCCCUGGCUCUCUUCACCGUACUUUUCCCGAGCUACAUUUUCCUCCACUUCCUGGGCAUCUGGUCAGCCAUGUUCCUCUGGGUCUGGUUGCAAGGCACAGACUUCAUGGAACACGCAGCCUUUGAGUGGCUUUACCGGGCCGUGGUGGCCGUCAUCCUCUAUUUCUGCUGGUUCAACGUGGCCGAGGGGAAAACGCGCCACCGCUCGGCCAUUUACCACACGUUCCUUUUGUUGGACAGUGUUCUCCUGGCUGUUUCGUGGCUCUGCAACAAUGUGCCUUUGAGCUGGGACUCUCACGUGGUGCACGCCCUCCUCGCUGCCCUGCUCUGCUACUUUCUGGGCAUUCUUUUGAGAGGUGUCUACUACAAAUAUUUUCACCCCACCAUGCAGGCCUCAUCCCCAAGCAGUUAUGAUGUAGUGGACACUGGAGAACCAGGGAGCGUCAGGCCUGCCGUUUUCCGCCAGCUGGUUGUGGGAGACGUCAACCGACGGACAUACGGUCUCGCUCAAUGCUUUGCCAGCCCUUUAUGGGACGUGCAGCACCCAGCAAACGGGACUCUGGAGGACAUGUAGCUGUGAUUCCAUGUCUAUCAUUCCCUGUGUAAGCAGGACAUCUUACACUAGCUGGACCACAUCAGAGAACCUCUUUCCCCAUCCUCCAGUCCUGAGAUAUCUGCUAAAGCUGCUUUCAAAGCAGCAUAAGUCAAUCCUUGACGAUAAGGUUCGUUUCAACCCCUUGGGUACUCACAGCAAAAUGCAUCCUCCUCCUUCACUGUUUCUGCCUCAUGUUUGGUACCCAAUUGACUUGGAAGAAUUAUAGUUUUGCCCAGAUCAAGCAUCCCUCACCUGUUUACCUGAUGCAUUCUUAAUCCUAAGAAAGAGGAGACUUCAAAAGGUGUAGAUGCUGCAGUCAGACUAGUAAUAAUAAAUCGUAAUAGUAAUUCAGGGCCAACUGACUCAAUUUCAUUGAGUGAGAGCUAAAACCAUCUUGCAGACUGUCCCUUGACUAUUUCAGCUAUCCCUUAAUUUCAACAGCAUCUGUGCAAGACGUUUUUAUUUGUGCCUCCAUGGGAUUCUUUGAAAGGCAACUGACUCAUGAUCCCAUGACCUGACCCAUGUUGGGUUGUCACAAGUUUCAUUUCUACUACGCCUAUGUCUUCCUCUCAUUCCUGUGUUGGUACCUCCCCCACAACAAUCUUGAUUGUAUCCAUUGGCUAUCUCCAGACGAAACGCUAAACCACAGUUGAGCGUGAUGAGUACAAGACACAAUGAACGUCCUGUUUUUUCUUAACCACAUCUUGUCAUGUCAUCCAAACCGGUAAACUGUGGUUAAUCUUUGAAACGUGCCAACUUCAAACUGGGAGUUAUGAAGCCGGCCUAUUUCAACAAGCCAAUGAAAAACAGCUUAUUCUCCUUGUGAUCAAUUUUGGUUCAACACAGCUUUCCCCUACUUGGUGCCCUCCAGAUCUUUUGGACGUUUAACCCCAUCAGUCCCAGACAGCAUGGCGGAUGAUGUGAAUUCAUUCAAAACAUCUGGAGCGCCCCAGGUUGGGGAAGGCUGGUUUAGCAAUGACAUCCAAACUGGGCCAUUGAGUUUCUUCAUUGCUUCAUCCAUCUCUCAUGGCCAAAUGCCUUCUCCAAGUACGUCAAGGGCUGUUUGCUCCAUGAAUCCAAGGUUCUUUUGAAUACUCGCUAAGGGGAUUCCUGUCCGACAGCCCUAGCUGUAUGUGUGUUUUCCCCUCCUGUAGCAUAACUUAAAGUACUUUCAGUGUUAUUAUAACAGUGUUUUUUACUUGUUCCAGUGUCA